UCCGGGCGCAGUCUUUCUUGCUUAUACGUGCGGUUACAACAUGGUCUAUUUAUACUUAGAAUUUAAGUUGUAAUUUCUUAAGAUUUCAGAUAUCGUAUUGAUGCAAAAAUGUGUAGCAAAAGUGUUUAUUAUAUUCUUAUUAUCAUUAGAAACAAUAUUAUAUAUUUACACUAUACUUUUUAUGCUUAAAAUUUAAGUUGCUAUUUUUAAAAACUUUAUAUAAUAUCGUGCUGAUAUGAAAAUACGCAGCAAAAGUGUUUAUUACGUUUUUGUUAUGAUUAAAAAUAAUAUUUUAUAUUUAUACCACACCUUUUAUUAAUCACUGAUUUGUAUAUCCAUAUUAUUUUUAAAUAUUUAGUAUUUAGUAGAUUUCCAUUUCGCUUACAAAAUAUAUAUAUAUGUACAUAGGUAUUUCAAAUUAUAUUAUGUAUUAUAUACUUAAUAUAAGAAAGCAAGAAAUGGAGUAUGUAAGUAUCAUAAUUUCUCAAUUAUAUUUAUAUUCCAACUUUUAUGUUGCAUUUGUGAUUAAUGAUUACGAUAUGACCUCGUGGUAUGUAUCAACUUGAAUUUAAGAAGUUCAUCACUCUCGUAAUACUAUAAUUUGCAUAAUAAGUAUUGCAGAAUGAAGACAAAAUCAUAUUGAUAUCAAAUUUUUAUUCUUCUUUAAUAUUAUUAAAAAUUGUUUGUAUCAAACUAAAUUAAAAUUACAAAUUUUCAACUUAGUUGGAAAAUGUUUAAUUUACUAUUUCCUACAAUUUAACAAUAUGAAGUUGUCUAAUAUAAAAUACAAAAUAGAAGGGAAAGAAACAUAUGAAUGACACUUAUAGUUAUUAAGCUAACAUUAAUAUUUUUCAUUCAAAGUUUAUACUCUUCUUACACAUUGUUUUCUCUUCAUAUAUGUAUAUAAAUCUAUUUAUUUCUUUCACAUAAGAAUAUACUAUAAAUAAGAAUUAAUUAAACAAUUUUAUUAUAUAAUUUUUAUAAAUGUACAAGUAUAAUUAAUAAGGCUUUUUUUAAUACUAGAAAACCAUGCGAGCAAGUGUCAUUAUUGUAUUGGCUUUCGCCACUGGGAUUGUUGUAGCCACAUCUAGAAAUCAUAAUUAUUCUCAUUUCGUAAAACAUCAUGCAAGACCACGAGUAAUUCGAGGCUUUAAACCUGAAUAUAUGUCUACGGCAUAUGGUUUCGGGAAAAGGCAAAGUACUAUCGAUGUUCCAAAACUCAAUAAACAGGAACGAAUUUUAUCAACACUUUUACGCUAUUUUCCACAAGGAAUUCCUGUAGAUUGGUUACUUCAACAAUUGAAAACGAAUCCAACCUUUGCUACGAAAUUAACACAAGCGUUAAUGGAUGAACGUACUGAUUUUACGUCAAUGAUAGAUCGCUCUAAUCCAGAAAGAAUAACUUGGCUAUAUUAAAUCUUUUAUGUAUGAUCAAAUGAUAUAUACAAUUCCUAGCUAUAACUUCUAGUUUAAUAAAUCUGCGAUAUUUAAAAAA